GAACGGCAGCAGCACCCCCAGCAAGCUUGGAGAAGCAGCAAGCAGCAAGCCUCUCUUUGCUUGGAGAGGUUGCCCCCCAGGACCAUGCUGAACGUGCUGCUGCUGUGCUGCGGGCUGCUGCAGGGGGUUGUCCUCAGUGCCGACCUGGGCUGUGGGCUGCCAGAGAAGGCGAGUGGAGGGCUGGAGGGCACAGACAGAACCCGCUCCUCCAGCCUGCUGCGGAGAGUCAAGGAGGUGUCUGUGGAGCCGGCGGGAGCUCUCCCCAGGCUGGGGCUCGAGCAGGUGACCCUGGAGGUCCAAGAAGCCAAUGGUAACCUCAUGAAGAGAGACAGCAUCCUAGAACCACAGGCAUCCUCCACAGAAGUAGAAGGUGCCGGCCGUGAGGAGCGCUCCCCCCGCCGCUGUGUCCGCCUCCUGGAGUCUUGCCUGGGCCACCAGGUCCCUUGCUGUGACCCCUGUGCCACCUGCUACUGCCGCUUCUUCAAUGCCUUCUGCUACUGCAGGAAAAUCAGCACCAGCUUCCCCUGCGGCAAGAACUAGUGCUUGUGCUGUGGGACUGACUGCUCCUUGCCCAUGUGUGGCAUGUCCUGCUUUGCAGGUCUAAUAAACCAGCUGUUAGCAAAAGCUAUUGCUGAGUGGGAAUGGUUCAAUGUAUCUGCUUGGGAGUCUCAGGGAAGAGGGGGAGCAGCAAAGCGAGA